GCCCAUACAACGAAUGGCACGUUAUCCUUUAUUACUGAAGGAGUUUAUAACAGCUUUGUUUAAAAAUCGUGAAUAUGUUAUGAAGCCCUUAAUUGAGUCCUGUUGUCGAUUAGACAAAAAAGUACGCACACUGCUAACGACGACCAAUGAAUCCGAAGUCAUAAAUGAUAUUGUGGACUGUAAUGAGUUCAAUGUAUUCUAUCAAGGAAAAUUUCGUAAAGUGAGCGAUUUUCAUGUUUUCGAUCAUACACUCAAACGUAGUUACAAAGCAAAAGUAUUCAUCUUUGAUAAAUGUAUUAUCUAUACAGAGAUUAAGGGAAAAAAUCUAGUCUUCCAUGGUCGCUAUCCGUGCGAACAUAUUGGAAUUUCAGCCAAAACAAAAUCCUUCACACUCUACUAUGAACGACGAAAGCAGCAAGAAUGUGAGUUCAGUGGCGAUGCGGCAUUGGUAGAAACCUGGUUGGAGCUAAUACGCGACAUGAUAAACUCAUAUGUAUCGGAAGAGCGUCAGAAGCUCCAAGAACGCUAUUCCAGAGAAAACGAUCACUUACACCCGAGACCGCUGAGUCUUUCACUAUUUCGUGAUUCAAAUCGUUUUAGUUCGGAUAGUGGCAUAGGAAAUAUUUGGGUUAUGCCGAAACCUGAAUCAGAAAGCGAAACGGCAUCAAAUCGUACCACAUGGUAUGCAGUGUCAUAGUCCAGGGAUAGUUUUAUUUUACAGAAAUAUUUAAAAUAUUCAAGUUCGGUUUGAGUAGAAAACAGUUGUAUUAGAUAAUUAAAUUGUAAUAUAUGCCAAAUAUUUUUAAAUUUAUUAUUUAUUCAAAUA